AACAACUUGCCAGAAUGCUGUAUAGAAUAAUGUUGUGUUCCAUAAACUGUACAUGCAAUUGAAAGUUGAAACAUAUCAAGUCUUUGCUGAAGUGAGGAAAUCCAAACCGAUCAUUAAAACAAACGAAGUACAGACAACCAUUGCUGAAGUGAGAACUGGGAAAUCUUUUCAAGCUUCUUUCUCUUGUUUUCGGCUCUGGGCCCACUGGCUCACAAUCUUCUUCUUCAAUUUCAAUCUUCAAAGCCAUCAACCCAUAGGCCAUAGCCAUGGCUACCUCACUAUCUCUCUCUCAAUUUCUCUCCUCUCUUCUCCCUUCAAAACAACCCAUCCCACCACCACCACCACCACCACCACCCUCAAGUCUCCACUUUCCCAACAAACCACCAUCUGGGUGGGUCUCACUAGUGUCCACCACCUUGGACCCCACAACUCCGAGUUGUUCUUCUUACAUCAACCCAAUAGUGUGUCCUGCACUGGCAUACUCAAACACCCUUUACUUCAAAUCUUGCUAUAACGUUCAGGUGAUAGUGGGUGAAAAUGAACCGGAAGAUAAACUGGUGGGCCGGUUCAGGAGAGAGGUGUUGAGGGCUGGUGUGAUCCAAGAGUGUAAAAGGAGGAGGUAUUUUGAGAAUACUCACGACAAGAAGAAGAGGAAGGCACGUGACGCUGCUAGAAGGAACCGAAAAUGGCGCCCACUACCAAAAGUCCAGGCUAAACAGGAAGCUCCUAAGAAAAGGAAUGGUGAAAAAGAUGAUAACUGGGAUGACUAUGAAGUAGAUCUUCCAUACUGUAAACACUAGAAGAAGAAGAAGAAGAAGGAAAAAGGAGGGGGGGGGGGGGGGGGGGGUGGUGCGCAGGGAGAAGCUGUAUCAACCACAUUUUGGAAUGCCACAUCUGUGAGGUUUCUGAAGAA